AUGUCGGAUAAUAUUGGUGACGAGAUUUCUUCACGAUCAAUCCGCCAAUAUGACACCUCGGAAGACUCAAAUGCCCCAAGGCUUGAUAGGAUGUUCAGCAGAUUGCAACUUGAAAGAACCAGUACCUCGAGCACAACAGGCCCGGAUACCAAGAACACUCUAAAAAGGCUUCUAUCAAACCAGUCUGGGAUAUCCACUGCAUCCUCCUAUGCCGAAUUCCAGAGUGCUUCAGCAGGCCAGGCGAGACCCUUCAGAGAGAUUGGAAGGGGGUCAAUUGGAAAAAUUUACGAGCAACCAGGAACAACAUGGGCAUUUAAACUUCUGCUCAUCGAUCGAAGUGAUAAAUUGUGGAACAACUAUGUCAUGCAUCUUCGGCUCGGCAGCAUCUGUGGACGUGUGGAGCUACCGCGUGUUGCAUGGUUUGCAAAUAAGACAUCAGAAUUUUGGAACGACAAUCUUCAUUUGUUCCCAGACGAGCCGACUUUCAGGCGUGAACCUCGCGAUGUUCUCUGCAUGGAACGAAUUCUCCCAUUACCGGAACCAGUUCGAAACGCCAUGAUUGGAGCUUACUGCCCACCCCAUAACAUCGAGAACGCGAAAAGAGACCCAAAGAACAAAGACUGCCUUAUCAUGGUUUUCCUGGGAAGAAAUAGGUUUGGAACAUCUCGGCCCAGUGGCACUGCCUUUUCUUCGCUUCGCAAUUAUAAGCUACAUCUAGAUCAAAUAAGAGACCUUGGUUUAGAUGUCGAAGAGCUGUGUGAGAGCAUGGCAGAUACCAUGGCCGUUCUACACUGGCAUGCAAAAGUGGACGGAAACGACAUUGAGUUUGUUUUUGGCAGCUCCCCGGAAGAUAAAAAAGCGAUCCGUCGAGAAGUGAAACUCGCAGACGUCGAGCGAAUGGCUCCAGGAUCAAGCACAUAUGAACGGAUUACCAACAUUCAUCCAAACUUCAAGAAGCGACUUCUCAGUCUAUGGAUUCUCGACUUUGACGCAUGCAAACCCAUAUCAAUGGAUGAAAAUGGAGUGCGACUGGCGGUGAAAGCCUUUUUGGAGACCGAUCCUUACUGCCCCCGGCCGUCAACUGAAUGUCAUUUUGCUAAGGAGCUCUGGAAAUUAUUCUGCACCCGAUACAUGCAUACUGCUGCGAGACUCGUGAGAGGCACAAAUUACCAUCACCUGCCAGUGAAGUUUAUUCAAGGAAUUUCGAAUGAAUAUAGGCUACGUGAGGAAAAUCGAAGGGAGACUCAGGUUGCACCUCCCACAGUUGUUAGAGGAAGAGGAACUGCGGGAAUAAGGAGAGCUAGAAGCAGCGGCAACAUGAUGGGACGUGGUAGAGGCACUUGGUCGAACCAGCCGGGGCCACAACCAGGAGAACCAGAGCAAUCAGAGCGACAGAGGCAAUUGGAGCAAAGGCAAAGAUGGGGCUUUCGAGGGAGAAAUAUUGGUCACAGGCAUUGA